UGUUGCUGUGUUAAUUUCCGUAGGAGUUGUUUUUCAACCUACUUUUUCCUGCGCGGACUUGGAUGAAUGUCUGUGAAAAUAUUUGAAUUUUAUCAUCGACAUCAGGGAAGCGAGGUGUCAAAGGGCAGCAGAGGAAUAACUUCAGAGAAAGAGCAUGAGCACACCGUCUUCAGGUCGGAAGACCCCAGUGGACUACGGAGUCCAGAUCCGCUUCAUCAAUGACCUCUGCGACACUGGUGGGGGCCAGCACGUGUCCCAGCCCAAAACCAAGACUCAGGCCACCUCCAAAUACGGUGUGGCGGUCAGGGUACAAGGUAUUGCUGGCCAGCCAUAUGUGGUCCUGAAGGAUGGAGAGAAAGGAGACUCGUAUGGGGUCCAGCUCAAGACCCAGUCCAACUCUGGUUACAGUAGCCUUCCCCGCAGGAGAGAGAAGGCAGAGCCAGGAAUGCAAGGGGUUGAUGUAGGAGGAGGGCAGGGAGGCGCACUACGCCGGGCCCAGUCCCAUGGCUCUCUGCUGGACAGGGAUGGAGAGGGAGGGGCAGGCAAUGAGGAUUUUCAGCUGUCUAGGCCACCAGGGGAUGGGAAGUCUGGUAGUUAUGGGAAUCUGGAUGGAGGAAUCGGGAUAAGGGGGGAGAGAGAGCAGGUCCGGCGUGGUGGUAGAGGGGGGAGCAUGGAAAGGAAUAUGUGGGAUGGUUCAUACGAAGCGGGGCUCAACGGGUCAGUGAGGAGCGGUCAGUCCUACCCUGACCCCCCUCAACAAACAAACGAGAAUCACUACAAUCAGAGGCAGGCUCCUGUCAACAGGCUAAUAAACAGGUUUGAUGGUGGAAACACUGGAGGCCAACAGAGAGGACUCCCUCCUGCACAACAAGAUCCCAGAGCUGCAUCUCCUCUCCUCACCCCCAACCCCUACACCUCACCUCCGUCUUCAACUCACAGCAGUUUGGGGCGCAGCCAGGGCGCUGUCACCAAAUAUCCUGGAGACUCUGGUAAUCAGUGGGCUUCACCAGGGAGGCAUAGCGCUGCGGAGACGCCGCAGGCCAGUCUGACUGAGGCACAAGUGACUCCUGACCUUUUGCUGGACCAGGGUCCGAGUGCAGAGAUGAGCAGUGAGGAGGAGCAGUUCAUGCAGACUGUAUACAACAUCCUGAGACAAGGGACCAAGGAGAGCGAUGUUGUCAUCAAGCACAAAGCCAAAGUCAUCUUUCAGAAGAUUCAGAGUCUAAAGCCUACAGACAGACCCCUGGAGGAGUGGAUGAGAGAAAAGAGGGAGCUUGAAAGGAAAAUGGCUGAACUACAAGCUGCCCUGCAGGAGGAAAGAAGGAACUCUGUUAGCAAUUCUGAUCCCGCUCUGAAAGCUGAGCUGGAGUCCUGUCUUGAUGAAAAUCUGCAACUCCAAGAGAUGCUGGACCGGAAGAAGAAGGAAUUAAAUGAAACACAAUCAGAACUGACUCAGCUGCGUAUGGAUAGGGAGAACGCAGAGGCUCGGGUCAGAGAAAUGGAGGACCAGCUGGCUGAGCUUCAGGAUGAACUGAGAAGAGACAACGGCAACAAGACGGACCUGGUGUCGUGUCAGGCACAGCUGAUGGAGGUAUGCCAGCUGAAACAGAAGCUAGAGGACGCGCUAAGACAGAGGGAGAGGGAGCUAACAGCCCUCAAAGGAGCUCUGAAGGAAGAGGUGGCCACACAUGACAAAGAGAUCGAGGCGCUGCGGGAGCAGUACAGUGCUGACAUGGAGAAGCUCCGCAGCAGCAUGGAGCAGGUGUCUCAGUCUCACGCCGGGAUCGAGGCAGAGCGACUGCGUGUGAAUGCGUCAGUUCGGUCCCUGCAGCAACAGCUGGAAGACUGUAGAGACGAGAGCAGCCACUGGAUGGCGCAGUUUCACACCACCAGAGACGAACUUCGAACAACUAAACAAGAACUCCUGCAAGCCCGUCUAGAGAAAGAGGAGUUCGAGGAGGAACUAAAGGAGCUCCAGGAGAAAGUGAGCACUAUGAAAGGACAGAUACCAGACCCUAGCCACACUCAGACUCUCAACCAGGAACUUCAGCGAUACAGUGCCGAUCUGCAGAAGGCCAAGUCUGAGGUGGAGAAGCAGAGGACGGAGUUUGACAAGAAGGUCAUGGAGGUCAUCUCCAUAAAAAAAUCUCACCAGAACCAGGAAGCAGAACUGAAGUAUGAGAUCGACAGGCUAAAGGACCAACUACACAGGACCAAAGAGGAUUUUGUAAAGACACAGGAGAAAAACAAACGGCUCCCAGACCCAGCCAUCAUCUCAGAGCUGGAGCAGAAGCUCGGUGAGACGCGUAAUGAAGCUAGCCAGUUCAAAGAGAAACUCUCAUUAGCCGAGGAGGAACUGGAGGCCAGUAAAACACAUCUCAAUAGAGCUCAGAAAGAUGUUAAAUCCCUCCAAGAUGCCCAGCAGGAGCGAGAGGAGGCCAACAAGCGUCUCAGAGAGAAACUGUCACGGUUAGAGGCUCAGCUGCAGACCAACGCCACAGAGAGCUCAGAGGCAGAGCUCACCCUCCAUGCCGAGAUGAGAGCACUGAGAUCUGAACUAGAUGAGGCCAAGCGAAAAGCUUCCAGACUGAGCCAGGAGCAGCGGGAACUUAACCUGCAUCUGGAGGAUACGGAGAAGGAUAGGGAGACACUCAAACAGACCAUCAGCCAGCUGGAAGAGGCCAAACAACAGCAGGAGAGAGCUCUGGAGAAACUCAACAAAGGGUAUGAGUCUCUGACCGUGUCCUCAAGAGAGGAGGCGCAGACUCUCAGGGUUCAGCUGGAGGAGCAAAGAGAGAGGGCACGCAAGGAAAUGCAGGAGGCGCAACGUCACGGAAACGACGCUCAGAGUGAACUGGAAAGAAGCCACAUAAAUCUAAGGAGACUUGAGGAAGAAAUGUCGCGGCAGAAGAAGGAGCUCCUGCUUGCAUGUGAGGAGAGAGACAACCACCAGCUGGAUAAAGAGCUGCUCACCAACAGACUGCGCCACCUCGAGGGAGAGAUAGAGGCCAGCAAAAACAGCCUUAAUGAGAAAACCCGGGAGAUUCGCAUCCUGGAGGACAAGCUGAAGCGUAUGGAGUUGGAGCUGGAGGAGGAGAAAAGCAGUGCGGAAAUGAUGACAGACCGAGUGGCCAGGAGCAGAGACCAGAUCGAUCAGCUGCGCUCUGAGCUCAUGCAGGAGAGGUCCUCCAAGCAGGACCUGGAGCUGGACAAGAACGCCAUGGAGAGACAUCUGAAGGAGCUGAGGAGCCGUGUGGCUGACAUGGAGGGCCAGUCUCGCUCCUCAGCAGGAGUCUCCCAGCUCGAGAGCAAGAUCCAGGAUCUUGAAGAACGCCUACUGAGUGAGGAAAGGGAGAAGAACUCUGUGUUAGGGUCUCAACGACGUCUGGAGAGGAAACUUAAAGAACUCAGCAUGACGCUGGAUGAGGAGAGACAUACGCACACUGAACAGAGAGACCAGCUCUCUCUGAGAGUGAAAGCUCUGAAGAGGCAGGUGGACGAAGGAGAGACAGAGCUGGAAAGGAUAGAUGGACUGAGGAGAAAAGCUCAGAGAGAGAUGGAGGAACAGAUGGAGCUCAAGGAGGCCUUACAGACCAGAGUCACAGCACUAGAAACUGAGCUCAAGAGAAAAGCCCAUGCAGCAAUGCGCCCAGUUCUGGAUUCAUCAGCCCUCAGCUCAGAUGACGACGACAGUCUGUAUGAUCCCUCCACCAUCACCUCCAUCCUCACUGAGAGCAACCUCCAGACCAGCUCCUGUUAAAGCAGCACUUCAGUAGGAUGGGGCGAGAAAAUGUAGCACUGUAUAGGAACAAAUGGAGGGAAGUGUUGGUUAGCUGUUUUGUAGAGUGGGAGUAAAGCCAAAAGCGCAAUGUUAUACACUACAGACAAUGAGGGAGGGGUACAAGGACCUGGAAAGUAAAUGACGUACUGAAGAGGUCAGUAGUGGAACGAUUUUCCACACCACAGUGAAUGGAAGGAAACAAAGCAGUCUCUGCAUUUUAUGGAAUUUCCUUCGCUGUACAGUGUACAGUGAUGUACUUCAUGGUACAGCUGGAAGGACACUAGGAAACACAGUACACAAGGUACAAAAACUCACUACCACUCAAAGUCAGUAACUGGAUUGCAAAGAGAGAAAUGAACAAGACUUUUUUUGGUACAAAUUCAGGAGGUCAAACCAUUUCAGGGUUGGGACUCACUUACGGUACCAAAUCUGGCUUUGGCUGAAUAAUAAUACUCUCAGUGUUGACAGUUUACUCGUUGAACUUCAGUUCUCUCUGAAAUCCAGAAGUUGGUACCCCAGCAUGCACAAAUAUUAGGUAGCACUACUGGAAAACAUGGUCCAAACGCUGACACUGAGCGCAUUCAUGAUGCCACAAGUAUCUUGUAUACUUGUAAUUCUUGUGUUGGUUUUCUUUGUCUGACCAAAUCUGAUGGUUGAAGUAAUGCAAAUGAUUGAUAUUGAAUGAAAUCUGGACUUUGUUGACGUAAAACAAAACAUAAUUUUCUUGUUGUCUUUUAAAGUAUGGAAUAUGUCAUUUCUGUGCUCAAGGAUCGUUUGGGGCAGAAGUUUAAUCCACCGUCCAGUUUAAUGUCGCACUGUACACAGUUGAGGAAUUCUUCAUUAUAAAUAUAGCAAAGUAUGGCACUAAUAGCAUCUGAAAUGGAUUCUCCUGGACAGAGACACAAUAUUAAAUAUUAUAAAUGUGAUAGAAAGCCCAUGUUAGUGUAAAGAUUUAGGUUGGUGUUGUUGUUGCUCGCGUCUUUAUUCACUGUAUCUGAAACAGUUUCCUGUUAAAGACUUUUGAGGUCUCUGCUCACAGAAUUACUGUCAGAAAAUUACACGUUGUAUAAAAGUGGUUUUCCACUUUUAAAGCAAAAUAAUGGCCAAAAUAUCUCCCUGUCUGAUAAAAACCUUACAAGUUUAUUUGUAGGAGCUGCACAUUUUCUAUGCAUCCCAGUCAGUGAAAUAUAUUCCUGUCAUUUCAUUACAAAGCCUUAAAAUUGUUAAAAAUAAUUUUGUAAUUGACUUGUUACUUUGUAUCUGAAUGAUUUCUGUAAAGUGUUUGUAUUUAACAUUUAUAGAUUUUUUGAAUGAUGUUUGUGUACAGUUUGAACAAUCACUUGGCACUAUAGUUGUUUUACAUUUUUCUGCAAUGUAAUGCCUCCCCCUGUCUUUUCUUUCAAACUGGAAAAUGGUACUUAACAUGAUUUGUUGGACUUAAAGAGCCUGUUUAUAUACUGUAAUUGUUGAAUGGAAAUACUUUCACACUGUGACUGUACUUCACAAAAUAGAUCUUUUUUUCUAUAAAUUUAGCAACAA